AAAUAUGGGGGACGGUUUUUCAUGUAACACAGGAUACACUGACAGCUCCACUUCGUUUGUUUAAUUAAUGAAGACGCAUUUGGUGAAAAUACCACCAGCGCGUAUCCACACACCGAUUAAUGUUAAUGACAACAAACAAAUUGUAGUUUAGUGUAUUUUACUCACUAAAUCGCUAACGUCAGCAUCAGAUCACACACACCACUUUUCAGUCGCCUGUCAGAUAUCGUGUUCAAAUCAAAACAGUGGUGACAACAAGGAAGCAUAGAGAACACAAGACCGACAAGGCACCAUGACAUGGUUUAGUUUCGCAGGUCGGGUGUGGGAUCGCGUGGAGAAGACGUGUCUCCACCUGCCCAUCGUUCUGAACACCGUUCUCGUGUUCUCCAUCACGGCGGAGGUGAGCUACCUGGUCCUGGUCGAGGCGCCGCUCCAACCGGACCAGAAGAAGACCCAGUGGUCUACCGUGUGGAAGACUCUGCACCUCCUGGUACAGUACUUCAUGUUUGGCAACAUCACAUGGAACGCCUCGCUGUUUCUGAAAACCAGCACCAGCAUUCAAGGAGUGUUCCUGGGCUCAGAAGGCAUGGCACAAGGCUGGAGGUACUGCUACACAUGUGAGACCCACACUCCCCCGCGGUGCUCCCACUGCUAUGACUGUAAGGUGUGUGUUCUGAGACGAGACCACCACUGUGUGUUCUUCGGCCAGUGUGUGGGCUUCCGUAACUACCGCUACUUCCUCAGCUGUUUGCUGUUCAUGUGGACAGGGCUGCUGUACGCUGUAGUGAUGAACGCUGAGGUCUUCAUCAUCAUCCUGAAGGAAGGAGUCACGCUGCACAGCAUCCUGCUACUUCUCAUGCCCUGGAUCAUGCUCGUCUCUGGUCAAGUGACAGCGCGGGCCUUUGCCUUUGCCUUCAUCGCAGACACCUGUGUGUUGGGCUUCCUGCUGGUGGCAGCCUUCCUCUUCUUCCACCUUUUCCUCCUCCUGCGAGGCCAGACCACCAGAGAGUGGUACUCCAUCCGCAGGCCCUACAACCUGGGAUUACUGGGCAACUUGCGGCACGCCCUGGGUACCCGCUGGUACAUCUGCUGGCUCUGCCCACUCAUCCCCUCCCCACUGCCUGGGGACGGCAUCCAUUUCCAGGUCACAGAGUCACUGGAGUCGGAUCCCAACCGCUCACGGUAACCCUGGUAAUGUGACGGACACAGGUGUGUGAGGAUGACAGUGACACCUUGCAGUGCAGGCGGGUGGUGUGGCUUCGUGGAGAAGUUUGACUGUAAAUCUGAAAGCCUCUUCACCCACUGCUUUCCCUGUUUGCUGAGUGGGUGGGUGGGACGGCAGGUGUAGCUGCAGUAUCUCAAGGUUGCUCUGUGGUACUUUGACCCAUUGUCUAUGUGCCGACAUUAAUUGAUCCAUUACCUUAGUCAAUCAGCUAAAUGAGAAAGCAUGUAUUUAUUGGUUUGCUUGCCUCAGCAGUUAAAACAAUUAAAUAAGCAUUGAAAUGUGAGUCCACUGAAAUUAUAAAUGUUUUGAUUGUUUAUUGAUUGUACUGUAUUGAUUUCUUGCUGAGGUUUGCUGUGAAGGUAGGAUUGUUGAUUUGGAAGGAGAUCCCCCACACUUACUAGUGCUGGAACAAGUCUUUAUAAUGAUGUUGAUGUCCACUCUUUUCAUUGUUAUUUGUCCUGAUUGAGUGUGCCUUUGAUUUAUUUCCCUACAAAACCUGCCUUGCCAAAUCACACAUGUACACUUGGCGUACAGUUUAUUAAGUACACCACCCCGUUCACGAAAGUGGAUUGCCCCUACAGACAAUGAGUCACGUGGCCAGGGCUUGCUAUAUAAAGCAGGCAUUGAGGCAUUCAGUUACUGUUCUAUUUGGGCUAAACGAGUGACCUAAGCGACUUUCAGUGUGUUAUGAUCGUCGGUGCCAGUAUCUCAGAAACGUCUGCCCUCCUGGGAUUUUCAUGCACGACAGUGUCUAGGGUUUCUCGAGAAUGGUGUGACAAACAAGGAGUUUAUAGUAAGCAGCAAUUCUGUGGAUGAAAACAGCUCGGUGGUGGAGGAGGUCGAAGGAGAAUGGCAAGAAUCGUGGAAGCUAACAGGCAGGCCACAAACAAACCAAUAACGGCACAGUACAUCAGUGGAGCGCAGAACGGCAGCUCGGAAGGCACAACACAGAGAUCCUUGUCAUGGAUUGGGCUACUACAGUAGACGACCACACCAUGUUCCACGGCUAUCAGCUAAAAACAACAAGAAGCGGCCUCAUUGGGCAUUCGAUUACCAACACGGGACAAUUUAGGAGUGGCAAAACAUCACUAGAUGGGUGUACCUAAUAAACUGGCAAUUGAGUAUGUUUUCACUUUUCACUUUAUGUUGAGUUUAAUUGAAGGCCUAUUGAUUGUGUUUUUACCUCAGCUGCAGAGACAUAGAGAUUUAUUGUUAAUUGCAGCAUGGUAUGUUUUUCAAGUUUGAGAGGGAUGUUUAAAGGGCCAAUGCAGCCAUUUUUUUGUUCAAUACCAAUUAAGUACCUCACUGUGAUUGAUUUCAGUUAACAUGGUCAAAAAUAGUUACUUUGCCAAGAGCAAUUUCUCAAGCAAUAAUUUUGCUCAGACUGUCUAGGAGUGGUCUGAGUGGGAAAACAGAAAAUGUGCUGUUAUUGGCAGAGAUGUUUGGAACUCUCUUUAUUAUUGGUCUAUUAACUAAUUUACCACCUGGUGAUGUCACCAGACAGGCCAAAACUCCAUCCAGUCAAUACAUGCUGAAAUUUCAUGCGGUCUUUUCAAACAGCUCUUAACCUGAAAGGGUGUUUUCAGCAUUCUCACAGUAUUAUUCCAUCCUCAUAGUGUGGAAAUACAGAGCCUUGAAAAGUAUUCAGAACCCUUGGAUUUCUUCACAUGUUAUUGUUCUUCAAGUGGGAUUCAAAUAUAUGUAAUUGUCAUUUUUUUUUUGUCAACAAUAUACACAAAAUAUUCUGUAAUGUCAAAGUGAAAAAUGAUAAUGUUUUUGUAAGAUUAAUACAAAAUGAAAUAACUAUAGUCAGUUGUUGCAUAAGUAUUCAGACCCUUUGUUUAGGCAAGCCUAAAUUAGUUCAGGAGUAAAAUGUGGCUAAACAAAUCACAUCAAAAGUUAAAUGGACUCUGUAUGAAAUAAAUGGGUUGACAUGAUUGUUUAUGACUAACCCUUCCUCUGUGCCCCAUACAACA